AAUAAUCAGCUAGCGCGCUGUUUUCCCACCAAAUUAAACUAGACCACGUACCAUGGGCUCACUAACCUUGCCUAAACUUCUUGUAGUGGACUUGACAAAAGACAACCUAAAGCAGCCAGACACAAGUGCUUGGUCCUCCACAUGUGAUGCCAUCAGGGCUGCCCUUGAAAACCACGGUUGUUUCAUAGCACUCUACGACGGAAUUUCAUCCACAGUUGAAGAGUCCGUGUUCCAAGCCGCAGAGGAGCUGUUCAAUCUCCCAACCGAAACCAAGAUCAAAAACAUCGUUGAAAAGCCCUACCAUGGAUAUGUAGGGCAGAUUCCCUUUGUUCCACUUCAUGAAGGCUUAGGAAUCGAUUAUGCAACCGAGCUUGAAGGUGUUCAAAGCUUCACAGAUAUCAUGUGGCCCGAUGGAAAUCCUUCCUUCAGGGAAACUUGUAUUACAUUUUCAAGGGCAGUGGCAAAACUGGACCAUAUGGUGAUACGGAUGCUGUUUGAAAGCUACGGUGUGGGGAAGCAAUAUGCUGACUCUCAUAUCGACUCAACUACCUAUCUUCUACGCUAUCUGAAAUACCGAGCACCAGAGGUUGAUGAAGCCACAAUGGCUUUUCCUUGUCAUACAGAUAAAAGCUUCAUCACCAUACUUCACCAGAAUCAGGUGUCCGGCUUGGAAAUAAAAACAAGAAACGAAGAAUGGAUUUCUGUAGAAUUCCCACCUUCUUCAUUUGUGGUCAUGGCAGGUGACGCUUGCAAGGCUUGGAGUAACAAUAGAGUGCUUUCGCCAAAUCACAAAGUUACAUUAUUAUUGGAUAAGAAAGGCAAAGAAACAAGAUAUACCAUUGCACUCUUCUCCUUCUUGAGUAAGAAGGUGCAAGUACCGGAAGAGUUUGUGGACGAUCAACACCCUCUUAAAUUCAAGCCAUUUGAACACGUUGAUCUCCUGAAUUUCUAUGCAACGGAAACGGGCAGGAGAUCACAGAACAUCCUUGAAGACUUUUGUGGUGUUUAAGUAUAUCUAUCCCUGAAAAUUAUAUAUGUCCACAUAUUUUUGGUAUAAUAACAAGCUAGUAUCUAAUGCUUGCUGAUGUGUAUAUAUAUAUAAACUUUUUAUGGUGUAUGUGUGCAUUUCAUUCAUAUUGAUCGAUCUGGCUUGAGGUAA